UCGGCGUUAUCGCAGGAGGCGGCAAUGAUAAUUCACAGUCAUAACAAUUUAUUCUAUUUAAGUACCUCUCUGUCCAUUAAAUAUUUUAUUCAUAUUACUGGAUUGUCUGAGCGCGUGUAUGAUGGCUCCGUUCAGUUUGCUGUCAGUAGGUGCAGAUGUUCUGCUGAAGUCUCUGGGUUUAUUCUCUACUGCAUCUGCUGUGAGGUGCUCCUGUGUAGUUCCAUUGAUAAAGAGUUUUAGUACUACAACAGGGGGUCCACCUAAGCGACCCCUCACAGCAUACAUGAAAUAUGUGCAGGAGAUUCAGCCCACCUUCAACAGACAAAAUCCAGGAGUGAAAAAUGUGGAUAUUGUUAGAAAGAUAGCCCAGCAGUGGAGAAUGCUGACUCCUGAACAGAAGCAGCCAUUUCAGGAUGCGUCUUUGGCAGCUAGGGAGCAGUACAAGCUUGCUGUGGAGAAAUACAAAGCCCAGCUCACCCCAGCACAGUCUGCUGCUAUUGCAGAGGAGAGGAGACAGAAGAUGGCCAAAAGAAAAGCAAUUAGGAAAAAGAAGGAGCUGAAUACUCUUGGCAAGCCUAAACGCUCCAGGAGCGCCUUCAACAUCUUCAUGGCAGAGCACUUUGAGGAAGCGAGAGGAACUACUAUGCAGGCGAGGAUGAAGUCACUGACAGAUGACUGGAAGAGUCUCAACAUCACACAGAAACAAAUUUAUACACAGCUCGCAGAAGACGACAAAGUCCGUUACAAAAACGAAAUGCAAUCAUGGGAGGAGCACAUGACAGAAAUCGGAAGGGAAGACCUCGUUCGGAGAAAAGAGAGGAGACCCAAGAAGGUGACGGCCAACAAAGACAGAAAAAAGAAAUCCGCAGUCACAGUGCUGAAGGCAAAAGCACCGAAAAAGAAAACUGCUCCAAAAAAGACUGUGACAAGCGCCAAGUGAGACGAUGUACAGUAUGUUACUUUGUUAGAAUGUGUUGUAUAAAGGCCAGUUCCGUCCUGAAUAAAAAGGCUCCAUGCUUUCUGUUA